AUGGCGGCGGGGGGCAAUUGGCUGGAGAACAGGGGAGAGGAGGAAGACAGGGAAGGAAGGUUCAAGGUGAGGGAAGAAGAGAGAGAAGGAAAGUUCAACAUGAGGCAAGAAGAGAGAGAAGGAAAGUUCAACAUGAGACAAGAAGAGAGAGAAGGAAAGUUCAACAUGAGGCAAGAAGAGAGAUGUAGAUGGAUGGAGAACGGAGAAGCCAAGGACCCCUGGACAGGCGAAGGGAGAGAGAGACCGAGGAAAGAGGAAAGAAGAAAUCAAGGUGGCCAGCGAAUUCUCGAGUCUUCUGAUAUUCCCCAGCCUGGAAGAGGCGCUUGGUUUCUCAGGAAUUUCUCUGUGCGCCGGCGCCUCGGACUCAUUCCUGGAAUCGGUAGCGUUGCUGGAGGAGGACAAGAUCAACUGGCGUCGUUCUCUUCGUUUGCGUCCUCUCUGCAGAAGCGGAAGGCAUCGGUGAGAAGGCGAGGAUCCUCUCCUCAGAGUUUCGCUUUUCCUGAGACACGACGCGCCGAUAUCCUAGCCCCCUUCGCCGCUCUGCGCCGACAGCUGGCGCCCGCGGCGCUGCUGCGGCUCGAGCAGAGUCGCCGAAACCGACUGGACGGAUACACACAAGAGGAAGAAAAGAUGGAAACAACCGAAGGUAGGGACGGCGGAGAAGAGAGGGAGCCGGGAGAAGGAGAAGAUGACGGGACAGGGAAAGAAGAAGCGGAAGGAGACGCUUCUCCGGAGACGACGGGAGGUUCGGGGGCUCCUCAGAGGCGGUCCUCACACGGGAGCAUGUCUUCUGCUCUCGGGAGUGCGUAUGGCGGCUCUACGCGCCGCGCAAGUGGAGAGGAAAGACGAGAGGAAGCGCGGGAGAAGAGAGGAAGCGAGGAAGCAGACAUGGGCAUGCCGCGUUUCUUUCAUCGAACGACGCAGAGAGGAGAGGAGGCCGAAGUCAGGGACGAGCAGAGGGCGAGACAGGAACAUUGGGCGAGUGCAGAGAGAAACGGGGCAUUGGAAGAGACGCAGAUGAAGCUCGAAGAACAGCAGGAGGCUGUUGCUAUCGCCGAAGCAGCUCUCAAACUAGCCAGAGAAAGAAUUCGGGACCUCGAACGGGAGAAUGCUUCUCUUCGGGCGCGAGGCGGCCCUCGAUUUCUUCUCUCCCUCCAGUCAAACUCACACACGGAGGGCAUCAACGGGAGGAGAGAGAAGAAACAGGACUCUGACCGAGGGUGCAUGCAACCAGAGACAGGCGCUGGCUGCGCUCCUCUGACACUCCCAUUGAACAGCCACACCAGCGGCGAAGAAACAGAGGAUGACCGUACGCGGAGGAGAGGAGAAGAAGGAGAGAGAGAAGAAGAAGAGAGAGAAGAGAGAGAAGAAGGAGAGAGAGAAGAAGAAGAGAGAGAAGAAGAAGAGAGAGAAGAGAGAGAAGAAGGAGAGAGAGAAGAGAGAGAACGGGAUACGCGUAGGGUAGACAAGAGGACAUAUGUUCUGGAACAGAAGCUCAGGCUUUAUCAGCGGCAGUUGCUGUUUAUUUUUCAGGAAAACCAACGCCUGAGGGAUGUGUUGAUCGAGUCCCGAAAAGUCCAAGAGCAUGCGAAAGAGGAACGAAGGAUAAAACAAAGGGGGUCUCUCUCCGAGGUUGCGGAUGUCUGUACCUACGUCGUGAGCCGCCCUCAGUUCGAGCUUUAG